UUUUUCGACAGCUGAACGAAAAAGCGGACACUGGAGAGGCGGCAAAGAGAGAACUGCUGAGAAACAAUCUGAGCAAACUUCUUAGAUCAGCACUUGAUAGAGAAGGUAAACGUGAAAAUAAAGAUGUCAAGGUGGAAGAUGGUCAAGCAACUGAUAAAAAGACUAAUGGACCAGCCAAAAAACAUGCCAAGCUAAGAGCGCUGAUCAGUAACAUGAAACAAAGGAAGUUAAUGGCAAGAAAUAAACAGUCACGUGGUUCAGAUAAACAACACGCUGAACGUUUAUCUAAACAACGCAGUCAAGUUCACCAUGCGCCGACGAAAAACGAGAAACGAGGGAACGUUGUUGCUCGGCAGAUCAGUAACAAAAGAGGGAAAACGGAGAGGGGAGAGAUGUUUAAAAAAAUGAAAACCUUUUUCUCCAGUCGAGCAGAAGCUACCGGAAAUAAAGAGAAAAACAAAAGAGGUCCUGCAGAAAAACGUCAGUAUGGUGACUCGAUGUAUGGUGACUCUUGCGGUUUGACUUGCGAAGACUGUUUUUCUAUUUUCACGGCUGAGGGAACCUGUGACAUUGACAACUAUGAUUAUUACGACUACACUGGGAAUUAUCAUGACAGCCACUACGAUGAUAUGGGGUAUGACGGCUACGAUUAUAUGGGGUAUGACGGCUACGAUGAUAUGGGGAAUGGCGGCUACUACGACUAUAACGGAAAUUGGGUACCCUAUGACUACGGCUAUACCGACGACUAUUUUGGCGACACUUAUUACCAAUGUAGCAUGAAGUUCGAGUAUGGAGAAUGCAGUGUAAUGGAUUACGGAGCACCUACCUACGACUGUUCCUGUGAAAUCCCGUGUUACUAUGAAUUUGAUGACAGUUUCGACUGGUGCGUCUUGGACCAAAUGUCUGCGAUGAAAGCCAAUUAUACAAUGGCUUAUGGAGGAUACAACUAUGAUGAACUUGAUUGUUUAAUGUCGAAUUUGUUCACAGAGAUCUACGUUAGGAUGGACAUGUGGCUUCACUACGGUCUAGAUAAUUAUAUGAAGUAAUACUAACAUGAAGAUGUUACACGAGAACUACCGACGGUAUAAUGGACAACGGUCUUUGAUAGUGUUUUAUUUCUACUUUUCUUUAUAUAUAAGUAGUACUUUUUUUUUCAAAAAACAGUGAACUUGCUUUUCACCUUGAAUUCAAUCAUAGUGAUUAUUGAUAUUCCGUCAUAUUAUUAUACUGGGGAAGAAAAGUGUAUCGUAUCGGACAUUUCCGACAAAUCCCAUCAAGCCAUAGAUACAAUCUGAUCUCCUCGGCUAUUAUGCCAUUUAUCCGAAGUAUACGGGAACAGCCGAUGUUUUUAAACUGGUCCCCUGCGUACUACAUCUUGGAUGGGAAACAUGAUAGGACAGGGAACCAGAAUACCGAUGAUUGUUAAUGAAUAUGGUGUUUGGACAAGGUACGUUUGGACAAUGAGGAUCAAUUUUGAAGCAAACAUGGCAAAAUUUAAAGACAUGAUACGAGAAAACCGGAAAAUCACAAAGAAAAGCAACAAAAGAGAAACAUUAUUUAAAUGAAUAUUAAGAUAUUAGAGGAUUCUGCAUUUUUAAAAAAAAUCAUUAUAUUCAAGAUAUUGUACGCAUCAUAAGAGCCAUAAACAACAUGUUUCCUACAUCUCUGGUAUAAUGUAGCCGCCUAACUUUUCUCUUAGCUAUCAAAUAAAGUUUUUCUCCUUUU